AUGGCUUUACUAAUGUGUGAACUUCUUGGUUUUGCUGAAGUAGAGAACCCAGGAACUUACUUGGGAUUACCUACUAUUUGGGGUAAAUCAAGGAAGGAAGCACUGGUCUAUAUCAAGGAGCGUGUUAACAGGAAGUUAGAGGGUUGGAAGCAGCGUUCUCUAUCCUUGGCGAGCAGAGAAGUUCUUAAAAAAUCAGUGGCAAUGGCUAUUCCCACUUAUCCCAUGGCAUGUUUUAAGUUCCCCAAUGGCACUUGUGAUGAUAUAAACUCAACUAUAGGGAAGUUUUGGUGGGGAUCAAAUCAUACUGGCCGGAAAAUCCAUUGUAAAAGUUGGGAUUUUCUUGUAACCCAAAAUCAGAGGGGGGGAAUGGGUUUUAGAGACCUCCAUCAUUUCAAUAUGGCUCUUCUAGCCAAGUAA